CAUCCCGAGUCUUCGGUCACGCCCGCUGCCCAAAGUUCCCCGUGUCUCGUGUGGCACAAGCAACGGGUUGUUGGAGUGAGAUUAACAGGGUGGAGAAACAGGGGUGGACCAGCAUCAGCAGCAACGCCACCACCAGCAGCAUUAUUGCCAGCAGCAGCAGUGGAGGGCAGAGGUACAAGGCAGUGAGUCCUCUCGAUUCACGCCAGGUGUGGUUCGUUGUGAGGCGUGGCAACGACGAGCUUUCUAAAGACUUCCAGAAAGAGGUGGCCACGCUUUGGUCCAUCCGCCAUACCAACCUGCAGCGACUGCUGGGGUAUUGCUGGGAGAUACGUGGCACUGCCCUUGACUGUGACGCACCUGCUGCUGGUGCUGGUGCUGGUGCUGGUGCUGGUAACUCUAUUGAUUCUGGUGCUCACAGUGCUACAAGUCCGAAUGAUGAUAGUGCUAGUUCCAAAUUUGCUGCCGUUCAUGCGGUGGAGCAAGCAGAGGAGCAGGUGCUAGUGUUUGAGUGGGUGUCAGGAGGCAAUCUGCACAGCCGCCUCGUUGCAGGUGCGUCUAUACUCUAUACUUGCUCUUGGCACGUUCACUCUUGGCUCUCCUCCCCCACCUUACUCUCUCCAUGCCUAUCCCUCCCUCCAUGA